CACACUGAAAUCGAAAUGGCUGCCCCUGUUGACAACGAUUUAAUCGAAAGGGAUUUGCCGAAAGCUGUUGUUCUGCUGAGUAAUUUCACAGAACAGGUGGCCUCAGUUACAAGUCACGUCCGUGAGCUGAUAGCAAAAGUCAAAGAUGGGGCAUUUAAGACAUCAAAGGGACUGUCUUUCUUAGAUCUCCGCUAUCACCUGCUGCUGUUCUACCUUCAAGACCUCACUCACCUGCUCAGCGUCAAGACAGAGGGAGGCAAAAUAAAAGACAGCGAAGCCUUGAACAGGCUGGUCACAAUCAGGACGGUCCUGGAGAAGAUGCGACCGCUAGACCACAAACUGAAGUACCAGAUUGAUAAACUGGUGCGCACAGCUGUCACCGGCAGUUUAGCUGAAAACGAUCCUCUGCAGCUGCGUCCAAAUCCUGAGAAUCUCAUCAGCAAAUUGAGUGAAUCUGAGGAGUCUGAGGGUGAAGCUGAGAAUAAGACGGACAAGAAAGCAGCCCACUCUAGUGGCAGAAAAUAUGUACCGCCAAAGAUUGCCCCAGUGCAUUAUGACGGUGACAUGACAGAAGCAGAUAGGAAGAAGGCUCAGUCGGAGCGCCAGCGGCGAGCUGCCCUCAGAAGCUCCGUGAUCCAGGAGCUGAGACAGCAGUACAGCGACGCUCCAGAGGAGAUCAGGGACAGGCGAGACUUCCAGAGCGAGCGGGAGAGCCGAGAGGAGCUGCACAGGAAAAAUUAUGAAGAGUCGAUGAUGGUGCGUCUUAACAUGCCGCAACGCCAGAAGAACGCCAGGAAGAGAGGCGCGAUGUCCAUGUCCGGCCAGCUGAGCGGUAUCACACACUUCAGAGACAUCUCGGCACUGACAGGCGGCGAUGGCGGGCAGGACGGGGAUAACUUUCAGCCCAAGAAAAAGAAGAAACCCAUGAAGAAGAAAACCAAAAGAAAAGCUUUUAAGAAGCACAGAUAGACCUGAAACGUGAUGUCCAAUGAUGUAAGAAGACCAAAUGAUGACCUGAAGAGGAUCUCUCACCAACAGCCAUCAUCAUUUCAGUUUUUACUUCAGACUUUUGAAGAUUUUCUCACCAAUAAGUCAAUUGUGCUCCUGUAGUAAGUUCUCCUACAUAUCUGCAGGGUGUAUAACUUUGGAAUAAACGUUUACUGUUGACUAUU